AUGGCGACUGUUGAGGUGGACGUGCCUGGAGCAGCCCAAGCCGACCGGCGCAAUGGCUACCACAGCAACAUAUCAGAGGUGGAUGGCGCCAGCAGGAGCAAUGACACCUCGGAGUCAAGGGACAAAAACACAUUGGACGGUGGCGCGACCAGGAUCGAGAAGCAGAGGCCAGCCACGCCGGCGCCAAUGACGGCAGCAGCGACAGCGACACAUCUCCCAUCGCGAGGGCUUCCCCCCUACUCCCACUCGUCCGACUUCGACUUCGAUAGCUCUAUGCCACCUCCCUCAGCGCCACUCGCAAAUGGCAAUACUCCUUUCCCGCGCGCCUUUACGGGGCUCCCUGGAACCGCCGACACCAUGGCAUACGACGGCCUGACGUCCUGCGCCGUCUCUGAGGCCGAGACCUCCGCUCCCCAUUCCGCCAUCGAUUCAUCCACCGAUGCCUUGCCUACGUUCGACGACACACAUGCCACCCCCAAGAAGGAGCUCAGAAGGAACUCCUCAGCCGCCAACAAGACAAGGGAGCGCUCAGGGACAAAAUCCAGCGACCACAGCGGUGUCCGUCGUCUGUCUGCCUCCAAGAUCCAGGAGCUGGCUGCGUCCCCAGAGUCGCUGCCCAUCGCCACCAUACCCGACCAGCCGCUAUCCGCGGGUAUCGUGGACGUCCACCGUCCGCCCAUGUCUAUGCACCUCGCGGCCACCCCCCAGGAGGUCUUCGACAAGGUGGAGACCAACAGGUCGCAGGCCUUUGGCGAUGCCCCUUCAAGUAGGACAUUGAACUCGGUACGCCCCGGCCUGUCGAUGAGGACAGUAUCCACGCCACCUAUCAACCGCGCGAAGUCAGUGAGCCAGCCUCCUGCCCCUCCUUCUGCUUCUCGUCGAAACUCGUUCCAACCCUCGCCACGUCCUGCACCCUUGAACCUGGACACGAGCGGCAUAAUGGGCCCUGCCAACGCUCGGAAUGCGUAUCCCGAGGUCCCAGGUCGACCUGACCCUCGAGAUCACCGUGAGCACAAGGAGCCCCGCCCGCCUUCUCCCAUACCACCCUCGAUACCACUCCCACCGCUGUCUGCGCCCACUCUGCUUCAGCUCGAGCUUGCCGCACAGCGACCUAGUCCGCUCUAUAUACAUCAGUCCUACGCCAGCGACCUGCCGUACGAGUCCAGCGCCGUCAAAUUCGAGAGGCUCAAGAAUUUCUUGUUCCUGCCGUUGCUUCUCGAGAAAACCUUGAUGUUCGGCGCGUUGGCCUGUCUAGAUGCGUGGCUGUGGACUUUCACAAUCCUACCAAUGCGCUUCUGCAUCGCAUUUGGCGUGCUAUUCAGAUGGUGGGCGUACAUUGUAGGAAAGGAAGCACGGUGGCUCAUAGGCUUUGUCUGGGAAGGACUGGGCCGGCUGUGGGAGCGAGGUCGCAGAGGUCGCGGCUUGACGCGCAGGCUAAGCAUCGAUGGCUCGCGAAGUACCGAUGGGGAAUCUCGAAGCCGGAGCAGGGCCAGGGAUCCCCUUCAUGAAAUCAAUGCGAACGGCAUACAGGCCGCCCACACCGGGCCAAAUGGUGAUCUGCCUCGACGGGGGCCGUCCACACGGACGAGGAAAGGCACAAAUGGAACAUCACGCGUGCCCUCACGGAUGCACGGCAGGCCAAACACCGGGCCCUUUCGCCAUAGACGGACGAAGUCCACGCCGUCGAACCUGACCUCAUUCCACAAGGCUGACCUCCUCCAGGGCUUGGUCAUAAUAUGUAGCUCUGUCGCCCUCAUGAAUCUGGAUGCCAGCCGUAUGUAUCACUUCAUUCGAGCACAAUCGGCCGUGAAGCUGUACGUCAUUUACAAUCUUGUUGAGGUUGGUGACCGCCUCCUGUCAGCUCUUGGCCAGGACAUAUUCGAAUGUCUCUUCAGCUCAGAGACUCUGUCGCGGAAUAGCUCCGGCCGGUCCAAGGUCAUGCUUCCCUUCGGCAUGUUCCUGCUCUCCCUCGUCUAUAAUUGCGCCCACGCCAUCACCCUCUUCUACCAAGUCAUCGCCCUGAAUGUGGCCGUCAAUUCCUACUCGAACGCUCUUCUGACACUGCUGAUGUCCAACCAAUUCGUCGAAAUCAAGGGCAGCGUCUUCAAGCGCUUUGAGAAGGAGAACACAUUUCAGCUCACCUGUGCAGAUGUCGUAGAACGAUUCCAGCUAUGGCUUGUCUUGCUCAUCAUCGGGAUGCGCAACGUCGUCGAGGUCGGUGGGCUUAGCGUGCCUGGCGCCGGCUUCGACCUCGAGGACGACGCAAUGACCGCUGCCAAGGGGCCGCUGCACAAUCCUUCCAUCCUCCCCAUGAGCUUCACGAUCUUGCCGUCAUGGCUCUGGUCAGGGGAGGUGCUGUCGCCUUUUCUAAUCGUUAUUGGCAGCGAGAUGUUUGUGGACUGGAUCAAGCACGCGUAUAUCAACAAGUUCAACAACAUUAAGCCCAACUUCUAUAGCAGAAUCCUUGACAUUCUCUGCAAGGAUUACUACACAAACGCCUUUGUCACCCCUUCCCUCACCCGCCGUCUGGGGCUCCCUCUACUCCCAUUGUCGACGCUCUUCAUCCGUGCUUCCUUCCAAACCUACCACAUGUUCCUUGCCACGCAUCUCCCUGCACCGAUACCACCAUCAACGCAGACCUCCCUGUCGGUUGACUCCUCCACACCAUCCUCGCCUGUCGUGACAGCGGCCCUCGACAGGCUCGACCAUUUUGUCCGCAAUGCCCUCGGCAGAUCUGUCUACGGCAUGGAUGAUGCAUAUUUAGCCAAUGGCACUGCCGCGAACAGCACCUCCUUGUUCCCCUGGCUCUCUUGGUCGACCGAUGAUGCCAUCGCCUUGGUGACCAAGGUACUAGUAUUUUUCAUCGCAUUCCUCUUCCUCCUCAUCCUCAAGCUCCUCCUUGGUAUGCUGCUUCUCAGGUAUAGCCGCGACAGGUACGCCAGGAUGAAGCUUAAAGAGCACGCCGUCGCCACUGGAAAAAUGGAAAAGGAGGCCUUCGAUACCAAGGGUACCAAGAGGUUUGGCGGGUUUGGAGCGGUCGAGAUCGGAGAUGACAGGAGGAGGUGGAUCUAUGCUGAUGACCCGGAAGGUAUGAAGCGGGCUAAGGAAAGGGAAAGAAAGGCCGAGCAGGGCACAGGCAAGGAGGAGAAGGAUUUGAGUGGUGUCAUGAGGAGGCUCUAUGACGGCCUUGAGCUCGGCUGA